GUCAGAGCGACGCGCAGGGUGCUGCCGCUGAAACAAGAUGGCGGUGCGCGCAGGAGGAGCAGCGGAAGAGAGCUGAGGCAAUGCAGAGGUGGAAGUAGAGGGGGGCAGAGGUGGAAGAAGAGGGGGCGAGGAUAUCACUCCUGUGUGACUUGUGCUGUCAAAAGACAACCAGCUCUGCACAGCUACACACUGGCGGUUCCGACAUGACACUAAUUGGUUUCCGGUACCAUUUAGGGUAACGGGUGGGCGGUUUGAUUUUUUUUUUUCUUCCGUUUUUUUGUAACCAAGAGAACGAACGGGACCGACCAAACAAAUCACGGAUCACUCAGCGGAGGACAGCGGGGGACGCUCGCACCGAAUCAGAGAUGUCCCUGCUAUGUGUGGGAGUGAAGAAAGCCAAGCUGGAUGGACCCCAAGAGAAAUUCAACACUUAUGUGACUCUAAAGGUACAAAAUGUGAAGAGCACAACCAUUGCUGUCAGGGGCAACUUGCCCAGCUGGGAGCAAGACUUCAUGUUCGAAAUUAACCGCUUGGACCUGGGUCUGACGGUCGAGAUGUGGAACAAAGGGUUGAUCUGGGACACCAUGGUUGGCACCUUGUGGAUUCCCCUCGAUAACAUCCGACAGUCCAAUGAGGAAGGUCCGGGGGAAUGGCUCACGCUGGACUCUCAGGUCAUCAUGACUGAUAAUGAGAUCAGUGGCACCAAGGAGCCCACUCUCCACCUGGUGCUACUCGACACACGCUUUGAACUGCCCCUGGAUAUCCCUGAGGAUGAGGCACGAUACUGGGCUAAAAAACUGGAGCAGCUCAAUGCCAUGAGGGACCAAGAUGAGGAGCAGGAACGUCCUCUACGAGUACCAGGAACCCAGUGCUGUAACUGGAGUCUAUGGGGAGACCAACAAAAUGAAGACCCAGACAGUGCAGUGGACGACAGGGACAGCGACUAUCGCAGUGAAACCAGUAACAGCAUCCCCCCUCCCUACUACAGCACAUCCCAGCCCAACGCCUCCGUCCACCAGUACCCCAUCAGCCAACAGCACCGCAGCUCCAGAAGCCUCUCUUUCCCACGCUCUGGCGUCAGCCAUGACCUCGACUACCCACCUCAGAGGACUGUCAGUCCGUCGGGGAGCUACGCGUCGUCUGCAGAGCUGAGUCGGGGCAGCAGUCAGCUGAGUGAGGAGGACUACGUUGUUGAGUAUGGAGAGAGGGACCCCUACGACGAGAACGACUCUUACCACUCCUGCCACUCCUCGGUCAGCUACAGUAAAGGCUCUCCGGACUGGGACCCCGAUGAGACCCAGGGAGCCUACAGCGAUGAGGGCGGAUACAGCAAAGACGGAGGAGAGGAGGCAGCUCUGUACGAGGAGGAUGACGGAGCACUGUAUGAAGGAGAGGUGGAGGCCCUCUACGAGGAUGAGGAGAUAAUGUACGAUGAGGACGAUUUGUACAACUUGGACGGGACUCUCAGCGAGGACAUGGAGCCUCCGUUCACCCCCACACCAACGUCAACCGCCCCCACAACUCUGGAUGUACCCAGUCCCAGACCUCCUCUGGAGAAACAGUCUUCUUUACACCAACAGCAGCCCGCCUCUCAACCCCCUAACCAAACAUCCAACCAGUCUCGUGCACCUGGCGUGGCCCCCAUCGGCACAGCCCAAGCACCUAAACAGCCCCAGACACAAACGCAGCCGGCUCCAUCUGCCACUUCCUUCUUCUCAAUGGCCAAACCUCUGACGGCUGCGGUCACAGGCCUGGCCUCUACUUUUUUGUCUUCUGUUCCCACCGGGCAGCCCGCCCAGUCUCACCCUCCAGCCUCAGCCGUAUCUCAACACCAGUCUGCUGCAGCCAGUGUCGUCCCUCCAUCCCAUCCGUCCACCGUGGUUAACUCAGCCUCCCAGCCCCCCCCCACUGCCAUGGACCUUCCGUCCCAACAGACUCAAUCCUCCGGGCCGCCUAAAUCCCAUCUAAAUGGUGCUGCCACCACCACACAGUCAGCUGCCCCUGAGGACCAGGCUCUCCUGCUGGAGGAAGAGCCAUGGUUGGAGGAGGAUAUGAUGUUGGAGGAAGAGGCCAGGACACCCCCUGCUAAGCCGGAGGACACGCUCCCGGUGGAGGAGAAAGGGGAGCUUUUUGAGGAGAGCAGGCCGCCGUCGCCAUUAGAGGAAGAAGAGACGCCGCCUGAAAGUCCUCCAAUCAUAGAGGAGCCCAAAGAGCCAGUGGAUCCAGCAGUCCGAGCCAAGGAGAACUGGCUGAGACUUUACAAUAAAGUCUUAGAACAGCUCCGGGAGGCUCGAGGAGAGACCUCCAGCUCGCUGUGGUUUGGUAAAGGAGGAGUGGGAGGGGCACUCUACAGUAUUGACAGCAUGCCUGACCUUCGGAAAAGGAAAGCCGUUCCUCUAGUCAGAGAUCUGUGCAGUUUAUCCUCUUGUCUCCAGUCUCUAGUGCAGAGCUCUCGUAAGGCUGGCAUCACCUCUGCCAUGGCUUCCACCACGCUCGGCAAUGAAGAGCUCAAAAGUCACGUUUAUAAAAAGACCCUGCAGGCUCUGAUCUACCCCAUCUCCUCCACUACUCCACACAACUUUGAGGUGUGGACAGCCACCACUCCCACCUACUGCUACGAGUGCGAGGGGCUGCUCUGGGGUAUUGCCCGACAAGGCAUGCGCUGCUCAGAGUGCGGCGUCAAAUGCCACGAUAAGUGCCAAGAUCUGCUCAAUGCUGACUGUCUGCAGAGAGCUGCAGAGAAGAGCUCAAAGCACGGGGCGGAGGACAGAACCCAGGGCAUCAUCAUGGUCCUCAAAGACCGCAUGAAAAUCCGAGAGAGGAACAAACCAGAAAUCUUUGAACUCAUCUUGGAAGUGUUUGCCCUCGACAAAACAACACACGGCACGCAAAUGAAACAAAUCAAGCAGAGCGUGCUUGAUGGGACCUCCAAAUGGUCGGCAAAGAUCAGCAUCACAGUGGUUUGCGCUCAGGGCCUGCAGGCUAAAGACAAAACGGGGUCCAGUGACCCUUAUGUGACUGUUCAAGUUGGAAAGACCAAGAAGAGAACCAAGACCAUCUAUGGAAACCUCAACCCAGUCUGGGAAGAAAACUUUCACUUUGAGUGCCACAACUCGUCUGACCGCAUCAAGGUUCGUGUGUGGGACGAGGACGACGACAUCAAGUCACGGGUGAAACAGAGGUUCAAACGUGAGAGCGAUGACUUCCUGGGCCAAACCAUCAUCGAAGUCCGGACUCUGAGUGGGGAGAUGGACGUUUGGUACAACCUGGACAAGAGAACUGAUAAGUCUGCUGUGUCAGGAGCCAUCCGGAUGCACAUAAGUGUGGAGAUCAAAGGAGAGGAGACGGUUGCUCCUUACCAUGUCCAGUACACCUGUUUACAUGAGCAUUUGUUCCAGUACACAACUGAAGAGCAGAACGGCGGCGUAGUAAAGAUCCCUGAUGCCAAAGGGGAUGAUGCCUGGAAGGUGUAUUUUGAGGAGACUGCUCAGGAGAUUGUGGAUGAGUUCGCUAUGCGAUAUGGAGUAGAGUCCAUCUACCAGGCCAUGACCCACUUUGCCUGCUUGUCAUCCAAGUACAUGUGCCCAGGAGUGCCAGCUGUCAUGAGCACCCUGCUCGCCAACAUCAAUGCUUACUACGCCCACACCACCCAGUCCUCCAACAAUGUUUCAGCCUCAGACAGAUUUGCUGCUUCAAACUUUGGCAAGGAGCGGUUUGUCAAACUGUUGGAUCAGCUGCACAACUCGCUGAGGAUCGACUUGUCCAUGUACCGGAAUAAUUUCCCUGCCAGCAGUCCUGAAAGACUACAAGACCUCAAGUCUACAGUGGAUCUCUUGACAAGCAUCACAUUCUUUAGGAUGAAGGUUCAGGAGUUGCAGAGUCCCCCCAGGGCGAGCCAGGUGGUGAAGGACUGUGUGAAAGCCUGUCUUAACUCCACCUACGAGUACAUUUUCAACAACUGCCACGACCUCUACAACAGGGAAUAUCAGACAGACCCUUCUAAGGCAGUCCCCCCAGAUGAGCAGGGCCCCAACACCAAGAACCUGGAUUUCUGGUCCAAACUCAUCACCCUCAUCGUCUCCAUCAUAGAGGAGGACAAAAACUCCUACACUCCUUGCCUUAAUCAGUUUCCCCAGGAACUCAACGUAGGCAAGAUCAGCGCCGAAGUCAUGUGGAACAUGUUUGCACAAGAUAUGAGAUACGCCAUGGAGGAGCAUGAGAAGAACCGCCUGUGUAAAAGCGCAGAUUACAUGAACUUGCACUUCAAGGUGAAGUGGCUCUACAAUGAGUACUGCAAGGAACUGUCCACUUUCCAGAAGCAUGUACCUGAAUAUCCAGCCUGGUUUGAACCAUUUGUUGUCAUGUGGUUGGACGAAAAUGAAGAAGUGUCAAGAGAUUUUCUGCAUGGAGCCUUGGAGAGGGACAAAAAAGAUGGGUUCCAGGUCACAUCGGAGCACGCUUUGUUCUCCUGCUCGGUGGUGGACGUGUUCUCUCAGCUCAAUCAGAGUUUUGAAAUCAUCCGUAAACUGGAGUGUCCCGACCCUCAGAUCGUAGGCAACUACAUGAAGAGAUUCGCCAAGACCAUUGGGAAUGUGCUGCUGUCUUAUGCUGACAUCAUUGCAAAGGACUUUCCAAACCAUGUCAAGAAGGAGAAAGUGCCAUGUAUCAUCAUCAAUAACAUCCAGCAGCUCAGAGUUCAGUUGGAGAAGAUGUUCGAGGCCAUGGGAGGCAAAGAUCUAAAUCUGGAGGCAAGUGACUUCCUGAAAGAGCUGCAGAACAAACUCAACAGUGUUAUGGAUGAUCUCAGUCGCAUCUUUGCAGUCAGUUUCCAGCCGCAGAUCGAGGACAACGUGAGACAAAUGGGAGACAUCCUGGCCCAGGUGAAAGGUCAGACCGUCCCGGCCAACGGCAGCGUGGUUCAGGAGGCCGACAACGUCCUGCAGCCCAUAAUGGACUUCCUGGACAGCAACCUGUCGUUGUUUGCUAAGAUUUGUGAGAAGACCGUUCUAAAGAGAGUGCUGAAGGAGCUGUGGAAACUAGUGAUGAACACAAUGGAAAAAACCAUUGUGCUUCCGACGCUCACUGAUCAGACGGGCACUCAGAUGAUCUUCAACGCCGCCAAGGAGUUGGGCCAGCUCUCCAAGCUUAAGGAGCACAUGGGCCGAGAGGAGGCCAAAGCUUUAAGUCCCAAACAGUGUGCCGUAAUAGAGCUGGCCCUGGACACUAUUAAGCAAUACUUCCAUGCUGGCGGUGUGGGCCUGAAGAAGACGUUCUUGGAGAAGAGUCCAGACCUACAGUCACUGCGCUACGCCUUGUCUCUGUACACGCAGGCCACUGACAAGCUCAUCAGGAAGUUCAUCCUCUCACAGAACGCUCAGGUGCACGGAGGUAAAGGACUCCGGUGCACGGCCAAUGAAGACACGCCACCAGAGAAAGCAUCUGGAGUGGACGCAGUAGGCGAGGUGGUGAUGUGUGUGGACAUUUUACCCCAACCUAACGGAGAGCACAAGAUCAGUGUCAAAGUGGUGGCUGCUAAUGACCUAAAGUGGAAGGCUCAGGGCUUUAGGCCCUUCGUGGAGGUCUACAUCAUCGGCCCUCACCUCAGCGACAAGAAGAGGAAAUUUGCCACAAAGUCCAAGAACAACACCUGGUCACCCAAGUUCAACGAGGGCUUCCAGUACUCCUUGGGCACGGAGGUCGGUCCAGAGAGCUACGAGCUGCAGGUGUGCGUCAAGGACUACUGCUUCGCCAGGGAGGACCGCACCGUGGGCAUGUCCGUGGUGCAGGUGAAGGACAUAGCCAGCAAGGGCAGCGCCACCCUCUGGAUGCCGCUGGGCCGACGCGUCCACAUGGACGAGACGGGCCUGACCGUGCUGCGCAUCCUCUCUCAGCGCAACAACGACGACGUGGCCAAAGAGUUCGUCAAGCUCAAAUCGGACCAGCGCUCGGCCGAGGAGGGCCGCAGUUGAGGGCAAGGGCACGCGCACGCACAUGGCAGAGACAUAGUAUACUAUUCUGUACACCUGUAAUAGGCACACGACAUCGAUAAACAAGUGUGUGUGUGCAGUACUCAAGCACACAUAUGAGAAGGCUCUAUUGUACAUAUACCUGCAUACAUUAUGCAACAUCCACAUCAUCAAUGCAAGCAUAAAGAAUUGUUUAUAAAUAUGCAUAUUUCAUAUCGAAUAUUUCAACAGCUCAACCCAAAGCUUUCCGUCUGGGGUUGGUCAUGAGCAAUCACCCUCGAACAUCAAUAUUCUCCAAAACACAUUGCACCUUUUUAUACGCCGUACAUUUACAUUUGAUGCAACGUAAAAAGUGAGGACGACCACUUUUGCUUCUGUGCGUCUUCAGGAGAGCUGUCCACGCUUAGCUGUGCUCGCCGUGUGUUCGUCGGCUUGCCC